ACAAGGUGAUGAUAACGUGAACGGAUGAUUGAUUGCUUGUGGUUUGAGAAAACCUCUCUCAAUUAUUUGACCUACCAACAUUCAUACGCAAACAACCAAUUCGAACCGAUCUGCUUGUGAUUGAUACCUUCAUCUUCUUGCUCGAUUUUUUUCCUUGAAAAUUAGGAAAUCAAUGGGACCAAAAGCUGGAACGUUGGUUAUUAUCUUGCUGGGGUUGACCUUGCUUUCCGACGCUAGAUCUUUAGACUCAGAGAAAGUUAUAAAGAAUGAAAAGGUUUGCACUCUGUGUGAGGAAUAUGUUAACGUUGCUAUCAGCUACCUUGAGAAUAACCAAACACAAGCACAGAUAAUCGAGGACCUUCAUGAUCGGUGUUCCCAUAUGCGCGGUUUUGCACAGCAGUGCGUAACUUUGGUUGACUACUAUGUCCCUCUUUUCUUCAUACAACUUGAGUCGUUUCAACCUCAAGAUUUCUGCAAGAGGAUGAAUCUUUGUGACAAAGUGGCUGCACUUGUAGAAGAAGCCCGUCAGGAUAGCUGCGCUGUAUGCCACAAGACUGUUUCAGAUAUUCUCAUCAAACUCCAAGAUCCCGACACACAGCUGGAUAUAGUUGAGCUACUUCUCAAGGGAUGCAAAUCGUUCAAGAACCAUGAGAAGAAGUGCAAGAAGUUGGUGUUCGAGUAUGGACCUCUGAUCCUCGUAAAUGCAAACGAUUUCUUAGUGAAAAAUGACGUCUGCAAACUCUUACGCGCAUGUCCAGACGAGAAAACGGUUCUAACGCAGCCCGGGACGGCAGAUUCUUGAAUGUUAAAAUGAUGGUUGCAGGAAAUCCAACCGCUGUGUGUUGUGUUGAUAAGAACAGUUGGAGACUUUGUGAACUGUCUGCAUGUAUGGACUUAGACACACGUUCCAUUCUGUAAACGUUUCUUUACGUUUGUGUAUAUGAUGAUUGCUACAAUUGUACCUCUAUAAUAAAUUAAUUGUAUCCUAUUCAGGAUUCAGGUUAUUGACA